UCGGGGUGUGUCGGCGGCGCGACUCGAAACAAGAACUCUGAAAUCAUGGCGGGAAAACCCAAGUUGCACUAUACCAAUGGAAGGGGGAAGAUGGAGUCAAUCCGAUGGCUGUUAGCAGCAGCCGGGGUUGAGUUUGAGGAAGAAUUCAUAGAAACAAAAGAAGACCUAGAAAAACUACGCAAUGACGGAGUCCUGAUGUUCCAGCAAGUCCCCAUGGUGGAGAUUGAUGGGAUGAAGAUGGUGCAGACCAGAGCCAUCCUCAGCUACAUAGCAGCAAAGUACAACCUCUAUGGGAAGGACCUGAAGGAGAGAGCCUGGAUUGAUAUGUAUGUGGAGGGAACAACAGACCUAAUGGGAAUGAUCAUGUACCACCCUUUUCAACCAGCUGAUGCAAAAGCAAAGAAUCUUGCCUUAAUCAUUGAACGAGCUACAACCAGGUACUUUCCUGUUUAUGAAAAGGCCUUAAAAGACCAUGGCCAGGAUUACCUUGUUGGUAACAAAUUAAGCUGGGCAGACAUUCAUUUGCUGGAAGCAAUUUUAAUGGCAGAAGAAUGCAAGCCUGACAUACUGUCUGCGUUCCCUCUGCUACAGGCUUUUAAAGGAAGAACAAGCAACAUCCCAACAAUCAAAAAAUUCUUGCAACCUGGCAGCCAGAGGAAGCCACAAACAGAUGAGAAGUUUGUUGCUAUUGUGAGGAAAAUAUUCAAUUUUUAAUAAUGUGGCUGCUGAAGAUAAUACAACUGUAAUCUCUUACCAGAGCUGUGCCUUAGAAGUGUAAACUGCAUAGGUGUAUUCUGUAGCUUGCAUCAUGCAGCCAAUGACAUAACUACUGAAACAGAACGUAUGUUUAAAUUAGAGUAAAAGCCUAACUUGGAUCUUAUUCCUGGAAUAAGAUCCAUUUAUUUCUAUGAAAUACAAUAAGCUGAUACUUUAUGUUGCUUAAUUACAGUACAUGCCAGCUGGGGUAGAGUUUCAUCUGUAGCUUUCAUAGUACUGUAGAAAGUCCCCUCUCUCCCCCUUUAUAAACUGCAGGAGAGAAGAUACUCCAUAAAAAUGGGGAAGUAAUUUAAAUUAGGCCUACAGUCUUUUGCUUUGCUCUCUAGGUGCUCUCAUAGUUCAAAGCUCACUGUCCCCAUGCUGUAUUUCACUGCUGUCUGUACUUUGAGAGCUGCAAUUAA